AUGACCGGAUCGUUGCAGACAGAAACGCCGAUGUCUCAAUUGCCGGAGCUGGCCGAAACAUUGCAAAAGGAUACGGUAUCGGAGAGUUGCAAGGAAGAGAUGGCGAGUUCAACGCUCUCCGCUCUAUAUGAGCACGCGUGGAUGCAUUAUGGACGACGGCGCUAUCUUUGCAAUGUCUGCGACUUCAGCGCUGACGUGCAAGAGAGCGUGGUUCAACAUUUGUUGGCUCAUCAGGAUACGGCUGGCGUGAAUCCGAAGAUUGCCAAGAAAACGACCUCACCAACCCCUCCGCGUUUCAACCAAUUUCGCGUUGCCGACAUAAUGGCUGCCGGGAGCCACGGGGCCUCAGGAGCUGACCCCGGAAAUACGGAAAACAGCGAAAACAUGGAUCCAGUUGCUGCGGAUGAAAAUAUGCCAAAUGAUGCGCCAAACCCCGAGGCAGAGCCACCAAAGAAGGAGGAGCAACGAUUUUGCGGUAUUUUUGGCGGAAGCCGAAAGCGAAAGAGCUCAACGCAUGGCAGUGAUGCAAAGAACAAGGCGGCGCUGAAUAAGUGUAUGGAAUGUGGAGUGACACUUCGCGGUCAUAAGUGUCGGCACAUCUCCUUGAUUCGUCUGAUCGAUCACGUACGCGGCCAUCUUGACGCCAGGGGAUUUGAGUGUAACGUUUGCGGAUUCCGCCACAAACACGGAGGUGGUAUUGGCAACCACCUGCGCACCGUUCACAAUUCGUCGGGGAUGAACUUUCAAGAUAAGAGCACACCGGAAGAACAGGAUGUUCUUCGUGCCGCGCUCUGCAAAAAUUUCCCACUGCAAUUUGAAGAGCUGAAGGAAUGGAUCGUUCCUCCGCCCUCCCAAGGCUCUAAACAUUGGAAACGGAAGUCGGUGGCGAGUCCUGACGCUACAGAAGAUCCCGCUGAGCAGCCGACUCAGAUUCGCGCGUCUACUAAGCAGAACGAUGGUGGUACCGCCGAGCGCAACAAGUGCACGGUUUGCGGCGUGCAAUUGACAGACGCUGGCGCGCCGAGCGUCCGAGCGCAGAAACUCUGGGGGCAUGUUCGACACCACUUUGACUUCAAACCAUAUGGCUGUACAGUUUGUGGAGUUCGCACAAAGAGGAAAGAAAGCACCCGAUUGCACAUGAGGAAGUGGCACCCCGAAUCCGAGCCGGUCGUUGAUUCCACAAUCACCGACGCACAGAAGGAAGAACUACAUGAAUUCGCCCGCCGCGCGUUCCCGUCGCAAAUCCAAGAAUUGGAAACAUUUUACGAUGACGAUGCUCCCGCGGGAAAGCGGCGACGGAUGGAUCAGACAGCUCAUACGAGCCUCGAAAAUGCACGAUUGGAUGAAGGGCAACCAGAAGCAGAAGAGAUCGCAAAGGAAUCGGAAGAUGAUAGCGGAACGGAGGGCUUGGAAACAGAAUACACACCAAAGGCGACCAAGGGCUCGACACGGAAACGAGGAAAGAGUGUUCCAGCUUCGGGGCUCACUUGCAAGGACUGUGGUGUGAAAGUUUCGCAAACAGGCGCUGAUUGGCGUUCCGUAUGGAAGCACAUCAGAGAACAUUUCGAUUACGAGCCGUAUGUCUGCUGCGAAUGUGGAUAUCGGAGCAGCACGCGGGUAUUGAUGUAUUAUCACCACAACAAGUUUAACCAUCCCGUCGUCGAUUACAAGGGGACGAAAGACCAGCACGACAAACUGAUUGCCUUUGCCCAGCGGGCGUUUCCGGCCAAAUUCGACGUGUUGAAGACGGUGCUCGAGGCGGAGAUUGCUCGAUUUGCGGCGACAGCACCCGCCACCUCCGAACAGCCCUCAAACAAUCACAAAACACCAUCCGGCGAAAAGAAUCGAGGUGGAAAGCCGGCUGCAAGGAUUCAUGAUACACGCGGUGAAUCGGCCAAGAAUGCUUCGAAAAAGAAACGAGCGACAAUUGAUUUUUCCACUCCCUCCAUUAGCACCGUCUUCAAGAAAACAAUUGUCGUUAAGGAGGAGCCCAGAUCGGAACCCCGGAAAAUCGUCAGACCAGACUCGGCUCGUGUGGUCAAAACGGAACCUAAUGAUGAUGGCGGCUCACGGAGAGGGACGGUCAAAGACACUAGGAUGACCGAGCUUCAGCAGGCUGCUGAGCUCCAGCGCCUCCGGAAAGUGCUUGAAGAAAAGGAUACCGAACUGGCGACGCUUCGAGUGGCAAUGACCGACCCGAAAUUGGUCAAGCUGAGAAGGGAGCUCGAAUUGAGGGAGGUGGAGCUGGGCGAGUUGAAAGAAAAACAGGAGAAAGUCUAUUCGCAGCUCGGUCGCAUCACCUCUGAGAAUAGUCUGCUCAGCGACGAAGUUGAAGCACUGAAAAACCGCCGC